GGGACCUCGGGGUGUUAAACUUGGUCCCACGUGAUAGAUAACGUUUUUAUUAGCAGCGUUUGGCGCACAUGCAGUUUUCACUCAUUGAAACUCGGAAAAUUUCACGCAUUUGGCACAUCUGCGUUGUGUUUUUGGGCGCAAAUGGGCAUUUUUCGUGUGGUCUUGUUGCGGCUGUUCCGGACAUAGAGCGAAAACUGUCUGUAACGAGUGGGGGCCCCGUGGGCUGACGAACUGCCCCAAUACCGGAACACGUGCGCUUGUUGUUUUUAACGUGUUCGUGUGCAUUUAAUGAAGUGUAGUUAACAUACAAUGGACGGUACCGCCUUAGCAGCCUUAACUCCAAAUUGCUUUAGUGAGCUCUUGUUCACUUCCGAUGCAGCGUGGUGACUCCCGGCGGCAUCAUUACCUCUCCGUGGACGCCGGUUCCAGGCCCGCCAGGCGAUUCAAAUGGCGGGCCUGACGUGAAGAACCUGGAGGUGGAUCUGAGCGAUGAUGAAAAGGAUAUGGCAGCGGCGGACGCCGAGGGCGUCUGGAGUCCCGACAUCGAGCAGAGCUUCCAGGAGGCUCUCGCCAUUUAUCCGCCGUGCGGUCGACGAAAGAUCAUCCUAUCGGACGAGGGAAAAAUGUAUGGUCGAAACGAACUCAUAGCCAGAUACAUCAAACUGCGAACUGGGAAAACGAGGACACGGAAACAAGUCAGUUCACACAUACAAGUGCUCGCCAGGCGGAAGCUGCGCGAAAUUCAGGCUAAACUUAAAGUUGACCACGCGGUCAAGGAGAAGACGCUCCAAACAAUGUCGGGCAUGUCCAGUGCCCAGAUUGUCUCGGCCACUUCAAUGCACAGCAAGUCGGUGCCCGGGCUUCCCCUGGGCCUGAAUGGCCAUGCCAUGGGGUUUCCUGGAGCGGCGCAAUUCUGGCAGCCCGGCCUCCAGCCCGGACCCUCCCAAGAUGUGAAACCCUUCGCCCAAGGAGCCUACACCGGCAAACCGGCCACAGCUGUGUCUGCUGGGGAUGUGGGCCCCCUUCAAGCGGCGCCUCCGGUUUGGGAAGGCCGCGCCAUUGCCACGCACAAACUACGGCUGGUGGAGUUUUCCGGAUUUAUGGAGUCCCAAAGUCGAGAGGAGGCGGUUAGUAGUUGUAAUUAUCCAAAGCACCUGUUCGUCCACAUAGGGGGUACGCCGCUCUCCUACACCGAUCCCCUGCUGGAGGCGGUGGACGUGCGACAAAUCUACGACAAGUUUCCGGAGAAAAAGGGCGGGCUUAAAGAGCUUUAUGAUAAAGGCCCACAAACCGCGUUCUUCCUGGUUAAGUUUUGGGCUGACCUUAACUCGAGCAUCCAGGACGAAGCUGGCGCCUUUUACGGAGUGACCAGCUCAUACGAAAGCAACGAGAACAUGACCAUCACAUGCUCGACAAAAGUCUGCUCCUUUGGUAAGCAGGUGGUGGAAAAAGUCGAGACCGAGUACGCGCAUUACGAGAACGGGCGCUUUGUGUACCGAAUACACCGCAGCCCCAUGUGCGAGUACAUGAUCAACUUCAUCCACAAGUUGAAGCACCUGCCCGAAAAAUACAUGAUGAACAGUGUACUGGAGAAUUUCACAAUUCUCCAGGUGGUAAGUAAUCGGGACACACAGGAAACCUUACUGUGCACCGCCUACGUAUUCGAGGUCGCCACAGGCGAACAUGGGGCCCAGCACCACAUUUACCGGCUGGUGAAGGACUAGCUUGUAUGCGAGACGAUUCGCGGAUUAUUUCACUUCAGUGCCUACACCCUUACAAUACUGUUAAGUUAGCUCUAGCUAAGGAAUGUUUGAUUUUUGUUCAUUUUUUGUCCAUUGUUAGCGCUCCUCUACCGAGAUUGCUUCUGGUGAAACUGAGCGAAGAAUAAUUCCUUUUGUUUACGUGAAUACCCAUAAUUUCCGUUUAUUUUGGAUUCAUUGGUCUAGUUUGCGGUCGGGUGGAUAUUAGUUUUUCUAUACGUCCGAAAACAUUUAGAUUUGCACUUAUGUACUGAAAAUCCAUGAGAACCGAUAAAGCCUUUCAUAAAUAUCACCAACUGUCUGUUCGAUUCAAUUUCCAUUGCAUUUACAUAGAUCAAUUCUGUGUAAUAUACUGAUUCGAGGAACAUUCAUAUCAUUCUAAAUGUAAAAAAUAACAGGAGUUAGUUUUUAAAUUUUGCAGUCACCAAGGAACGAAAUCGAACAUGCGGCCGUUGCAAUAGAGAAUACAAUUAUUUAUUUUAUGUUUAAGCAAUAUUUCAAUUAGGUUGUGCCUAGUCGAAAAAUCUAAAUACUCUUUGCAAUAUUCGGCGGCAAUUUAGGAUUAAUUUCCCGAGUUCCAAAUUGAUCUAAUUUUAGGUGAAUAAUUUAUCUACGUUUAGGAUAAGAGUUUGCUAUUUGUGAUGAUAAUUUUUAACAUUUUAUAUUUAUACAUAUAUAUUUGAAAUAUUUAUCAAGUUUACACAGGGGCACUUAAUUGGACGUAAUUAUCUUGGUGCACUUUUUAGUUGCAAAUUUGAAGGCAGCUGGCAGCAGUCGAUUCGAUAUCGGGCCGGUUGUCUGCCCAAAACUGAUUGCUACCAACAGCCCUCUGCUGUAUUGGAAAAAAUAGAUAGUCAACUCUUUCGACAGGCUGCAAUGUAUUGAUUGAUCUCUUAGAUUUGGAUUAUGAAUUGUUUUGAUUUUGCUAGCUUUUAAGUGUACAAAUAUCUUCCAUGAAGGUAGACUGCUUUUAGGAACUUUUUUUGGAGAUUAAAGUCGAGUCGACACAAUCGGUCGCUGUAGCGGAGUUAGCGACGGACUAAUGCAGAAAACAAAGACUCUCUAAACAAUAAAUAGCUUAAAAAAUAUAUUUUAUAACGACCCAAAGCUGUGUCAGAUUGUAAAUAGGUAAAUCUUGUACAUAUUACGCUAUAUUUCUAUGAAUCAGAAUAUGAUUUUCGUUCGGACUUUUACACGGAUGGGUAUGUGUUGUGUUUAUUGUCUAAGGUUCGCAGAGAAAUUUGCUAAGUUUUGCCGCCUGUUGCUGCUAAUUGGAACCGCUCCAUUCUUCUCAAAUAUUUACGACAAUCUAGCGGCAUAAAGGCGGACCAAAUUCGAACUUACGAGGGUUCUGCCCACGUAUUCUGUCGAUACUUGCAGUUUUGAUUCAUAUCUAUACAUGCCAUAUCACGCGGUAUAUAAGUAAAAUUUUUGCUCUGUAUGUUGUACAGUAUUUUAAAGAUCAUGUUUAUAAUUUGUAUGGAAAAUAUAAAUAAAUCAUCAAAAUGUA